AUUUUUUUACCAUAAAAGGAAAACGAUACAUAAGGAUGAAUUUUCAACCUCGUUUCAGAUAGCCAUAUAAAUACUUAGAUUAGGUAUUUUAUUUAAACCGUUUAAUAAAACACUUGUGGUAUAAAAACGUUAAGGUUAUUAAAUAAAUCCGUCAGCUAUCGAAUGACACACCAUAUAAAUACACGUUUCAAACGGAACAGAUUUAUCGACAAUUCUAAAAAAAAUUAAUUCCAUCAGUUUCCUUUAACCUUGAGGGCGACAGGAGUGAUUCAUACUAAGUAUAGUUGGUACCAUCGAAAUGAAAAAAAUAAUGCAUUCUUGCAAGAAUCCAAUGCGUCAACACCCCCUGGCUUAAAAUUCUGGUAAAUGAGACGAGUCAAAUGAUAAUCUCACACGGGAGUAUAAUCAGAUGUCAUGAAUUUCUCUACAUCAGAAUUUGUGCUGGGAAGGCAGAGGGGUCGACAAUGGGUGCCUCUAAUAUCUCAGCAGUUUCGACUUCGUCAUGUCUAUCAAAUUAUCGGAUUCAACCUUCUAUCAGAAACAGCAGGUAGCUAUUAUUUUACUCUUCAUUUAACAACAAUGUGUGCCCCUUUUUAUACAAGUCAGCAAAUCCAAAAUCCUAACCCAAAAUGGCCAGAAUUGGAUUUAAGAAACAUUGCGAAUACUUCCGCUUCAUGUGUAGUUCUGAGGAUAUGGCAGCACUGUUCAGAUGGUGCAGAUAAUAUAAUUUUAACUUGGGGUGUACAUUUCUCGGGACUGGUGUAUAUAGGGAAUAAAAUAGCAGAGAUUCAGCCAGUAUAUUUUAAGAAUAAUUCUGUGAUACUUUACAUGCAGGGAGGGUAUUAUACUAGUCACCAUGUGAUUAAAACUGAUCUGCAGAAACCCAUACCUUUUCUUAAUAAUGUAAAUCUCAUUAAUACCUUAAACAACAAGGUUAUCUAUAGACGUAUUGCUAUAAAAUCUCCUCAAUGCGAAAUACAGGAUAGCUACUCCUUAAAUAAACUUAGAAGAUUACAUUCUUUACAAGUCGAAAUUAAAAAGAAGAGCAUCGAAGUUCAGAACGUAAGGGACAAAAUUAACGUUCAAACUUGUACAGACUUCAGUGCAAAUGAAAGUUUACACGAGUCAAUUCCAUCUAGUUCCAGUUGUAGCAUUAGGUAUGCCCCACAGUUAUUAACCAUGAACUCUCUAAAUAGGAUGUUACAGGAAAAACCUACCAAAGUUCAAAAACAGGAAAUGACCAGAAUUAAUAAGGAAAUCGAAUUAGAGAAAUUUCGAAUUAGGUUGCUGUCGCAGGAGAAAGAUAAGAAGAACGUAAUUAUUCGGCAACUAAAGCAAAAACAUUCCGGAAUAAUCGAGGAAAAUGAAGAAAGAAAUUUUAACUUAAUGGAAAACUACCAUAUGUUGAGCAGAGAAGGGGAAAGGUUAAAAGAAUAUAAAAAGAGUUUACUACAACACCGAGAAGUGUAUUCGCUAAUAUAUUUCCAGUUACAACAGAGGCGGAGGCGAUUAUUGCAAGAGCUGCUAUUUAUUUAUCCCAUAGAUAAGCACAGCGAAGAGAAGUACACUGUGCAUGGAAUAUAUUUACCGAGAUCAGAUAUUCUAGCGGAUUGUUCCGAUACGGGGUUGUCGGUAGCGUUAGGCUACAUAACACACAUGCUAAUAAUGUGUUCCACAUUCCUUCAAGUUCCUUUGAGAUAUCCGGUGACACAUUGCGGCUCACGAUCCUAUAUCACCGAUAAUGUUUCGCCUUUGCUGCCGGAGAAAGAAAGAGACUUUCCCCUUUACACGAGAGGAAAGGACAAAGCUCAGUUCACCUACGCUGUGUAUCUGCUGAAUAAGAAUCUUGCUCAGUUGCGGUGGUUGUUCUACAUGAACACCAGCGACUUAAAGUCUACGCUACCCAACCUGUUAAAUUUCUUACAAGGACAAAAAGAGUUUCGUUUCGAGUCUCUGUCUCCGACGAAUAUCUCGUUAAGUUCAAAGCACGAUCAGCCCGGGGACGCAAAGCAGUCACCUCCCCACUUAGCAGUUAGUGAAAAAUAUGUUAGUUUACAUAGCUUUGGUUCAAAUCCCAAUAUAUCCGAUCCUAUUUUAGACUGCAUAAGGCAUGAGAAUCAAAUUCAGAGGUCGAGUAGUCCAACGCGAAAACCUAGUAGAAAACCAGUUAGUAAACCGUGUAGAAAUAGUGAAUGUGGUAGGGGAUUAAGCGAGAUUCUUGCUAUUCCAGAGGCGUUUCUUAAUAAGCAGAUCAGUUCAGAUUCUUUUAGAAACUACAUAGUCUCCGAGAAGUACAGUUCUGAUGUUUCCAAAGAUGGCAGCUGUUGCGGCGGCAGCAUUACGACUCAUAAUUCAAUCGGUGCAAUAAAAAUAACAAAUGGGAAAGAAAUAGAUAGUUAUAAUGAAAACGUGGGAGAAGGUAACGAAUUAACCCACCAGGAAUCCAUCGAACAAGGAACAGACCCGCUGGAUCCUACGACAAACCUCUCCGCCGUUAUAACUAAGUCGAUAAACAUUCAGACGAACAGUCACACAGACAAGAAUAUAAUUAGUGACUUCAAAGUAACGCAGAGUAAGAGAAUGAGUAGAUCGGCGGGGUCUUACACUGACGACGAGUCUAGUUUGGUUCUGAGAACGACUUUUGAAAUAGGUUCGGAGCCGCAGUUGAAUAUUUCGAAUGAUUUAAAUCUCAAUAGUGGAGAGAACGAAUCGAUUAUGCUGCCCGAGUGUCUGCAGGAAGGGCAGCAGGAAUUCUUGGAAAAGUGGUUGAAAACUACACCGAAUUUUAUAAGUUCCGACGAGAACUUGUAUCCAGACGAGUAUCUGGGGACGUCCUCAGGGACGGCGUCCCAAAAUAGCCCUCUCAUGGCCAGAACUGAUGCUUUGCUUAGUACCAAGUCGUUCAAUUUGGUGAAACCUAAGCCGUAGAAACGAUUAUGUAUGUAAUAUUAAUUGUACACCUUUACUUAUUUAAUUAUGAAUGUAUAGUUAACUGUCAUAAAAUGUACAGUAUAA